AUGGGUUAUCAAAUUCUAUCGAUUUUGUUCAAUAUAGAGUCCAGUAAUAUAAGAUGACAUCCAUCCCGGGAAUCGACUGAAAUACUUGCUGGUGGAACGAUUGACGGUAUUCGCGAUACGGUUCUGAUUCGUGGUGGGAGUUGUGCGAUUGAUCCGUUUGGUAAAGUACUCUUACCUCCGAACUUCGGUGGGGAACUCAUCGAUUUUGUGGACUGCGAUCUGCGAGAUAUUUCACGGGGAAAGUUCGAUUUGGAUUUACUUGGUCAUUACGCAAGACCAGAUAUCUUCACACUGCAUGUUGAUGAGAGAGAGAAAUCGUCGGUGACAACAACUGAUAAAUGA